AUGCUGGGCACGCAACCCGCCCACAUGCUGGCCGACAAUUGGCGCAGUCUGCCUCUUCCAGCUGUACGAGCAAGCUUGCAUCCGCGACCUAUGCUUGCAUGCGCCGAUGGUUCAUACGUCCCUCUCGUUUUCAAGUCUCGUUCAUCGUCUCAUGCCGCUGUCUAUGAGCUUGACAAUUCCCUGUGCCCGGAUAUUCAAGUUACUAUCAACAGGAUCAACAACACUACAGACAGGGCAUGUAGUGAAAAGGAAGGUUUCUGUUCAAACGAAGGGAAUUCUCGUGGACGCCCGAUAGUAGAUUACCAGCGACGGGUUGACUCUGUUAUCGACCGAAGCCUAGUGAGCCAGAACACUUCCAAACUCCGCAAUAAAGACAAACCUCCAUGUCCUUCAGCUGCAACAACCUCAGCGAGGUACCAUCAUCAUCUACUCAGAAGCUCAGAGUCUUCUACCCGUGACAGUAAAGAAUACUGCACAUACUGGAUUCGCACUGGAGAAUGUGAUUACGUCCAGCAGGGUUGUCGCUAUAAACAUGAGAUGCCUUCGCUUGACCGACUCAGGGAGAUUGGUUUCACGAAGGGAUAUCCAAAGUGGUGGCUCGAGAAAAUCCAGAGAGAACGGCCGCCAGUUAGGCUACGACACGAUACGAAUGCUUUCCGAAAAAUGUUAACGUCGUAUUUCGGGCAUGACUGGGGAAAUUCUCCAGAUAUAGGAGAGCGACGAAAUAGCGAAGAAACUGAGAUCGUUAGUGAACAAUUGCCGGAAGCAGGCACCCCAAAAACGAGGCAGAGGGUUGUGAUUCAAAACACUACGGACACACUUGAAGUAGGAAAAACAGAGCCAGCAGCUAAAACCACACAAGAUCCGAGCGCACCGUCUUCAGGUACGCCUCAAGGAACUAGAAACACAGGUGCAAUCGAUCUCUUAGGUGCGGUCGAGGACACAGAUUCAGAAGGCUUACCGCCUGCUCUUGAAGCGCACAAAAAGUCUCCUCAACAAGAUCCUUCUUUCCGUCGCGGCCGCUUUGUCCCACACAAUGAAUCCAUCGGAAAAACAGUCGGACAGAUACAGCGUGGGUCGCGAUCUCCGUCCCCAUUGCUUUUGGACACUAUAUCAUCUGCUGAUGAUUCAGAGCCAUCAGUCUGCUCCCAGAAAACCCAGGAUGAUCACAGGACACCCAUCAGCACAGCUAAGCGCAUUGAGGAGCUUCGGGCCGAGCUUGCUGUUCUGCAGACCAGAGAUGCCGCAACGGAAAGUAAACUUCAUAAUUAUCUUAAAGAUUCCAUGCGUUUUCCUCAAAAAAAUCGCUCGAACGUGAGAGCAGUAAACAGCCGUACGUCCCAAAAGCAAGAACCGAGCGGUGGGAGCCGUGGAAAGAACAGCACUCGUGCCCCCGUUAGGAAAGGUCGGAAAAAGAAUGGUGCAAAAACAUUUCUUGAAUCAGAAGAAUGCACAGAGAGGAAUGAGAAGGGAAAACAGUGA